AUGCUGCGGGCUUAUGUUUUGGAAUUUGGUGCUCAUUGGGACCAGUUCUUGCCUUUAGCAGAGUUUGCGUGUAACAACAACUACAAUUCUAGCAUUCAAAUGGCCUUAUUCGAGGCCUUGUAUGGUAGGCGUUAUCGCUUUCUGGUGGGCUGGAUUGAGUCUACAAAGCCUAGGCCGUGGGGUACAUAUUUGAUUCGGGAGGCUUUGGACCAGGUGAGAGUGACUCAGGAUAUACUUAGGACGACUCAGACAAGGCACCAAAGUUAUGCAUAUCAGAGGCAUCGACCUUUAAGAUUAUCUGUUGGUGAUCGGGUAUUGCUCUGUGUGUCGCCCCUGAAGGACGUGAUGAGGUUUGGGAAGCGGGGCAAGCUUAGGCCCAGGUACAAUGGGCCUUUUGAGAUACUCUGGAUAUAUGAUGCAGUCGAGUUGGAUGACUGUUUCACAUUUGUAGAGGAGCCAAUUGCCAUUCUAGUCAGUGAUGUGAAGAGGUUGCGCUCGACAGACAUUCUUGUUGUAAAGGUUCAUUGCAGGCAUCGUCUGGUCGAGGAGGCAACCUGGGAGACCGAGCAAGAGAUGUGA